AUGACUAUCUAUGAAAAUAUUCGUUUUGGUAAAUUAAAUGCAACACAAGAUGAAAUUGAAGAAGCAGCAAGAGAAGCAAAUGCACAUAAUUUUAUCAUGCAAUUACCAGAUAAAUAUGAAACACUCGUUGGAGAACGUGGUAUCCAGUUAAGUGGUGGUGAAAAACAACGAAUUGCAUUAGCUCGAGCUCUUGUAAAAAAGCCUACGUUUCUUUUAUUGGAUGAAGCAACAAGUGCACUCGAUAAUAAUAAUGAAAAAAUUGUUCAAGAAGCACUCGAUCGAGCAUGCAAAGGUCGUACAACUAUUGUUAUUGCUCAUCGUUUGACUACGAUUCGAAAUGCUGAUCAAAUAUAUGUGUUUGACAAGGGAAAUGUGGUUGAGCAAGGUACACAUGACACAUUGAUGGGAAACGAAGGAGGAAAAUAUCAAGAGUUGGUCAAACGACAACAAAUGGAGAAAAUUGAUGAUGAUCAAGAUGAUCCAAUCAAAAUGCAAAAAGCAAAAGAGGAAGAAGAAGAGGCGAUAGGCAUGUCUGAACGAUCUCGUUUAAUUAGCGAUACACAAGCUGUUGUUGAUGGGGAAAAAACAAGCUCAAAAUCAUUUAUACAAAGAUUUGUUCUGUUAAGACUGUUAUCAAUGAAUGGAUCUGAAUGGAAAACCAUAUUCAUUGGUUGUGCGGCAUGUUUAUUUAGUGGAGCAUCUCAGCCAUUAUUUUCCGUUUUCUAUGCUAACGUCGUAGGGGCAUUCGGUUACUGUUCGAUACGAGAACGACGUAGUCAUGUACUGAACGCCAGUCUUGUUUUUUUGAUUUUUGGUGGAAUUUUAUUAGUUCUUAAUUUCCUCCAAUAUACAGCUUUUGCAAUAGCAGGAUCGCAAUUAACACAACGAAUUCGGUCAAAAGCUUUUGGUUGUCUUCUUCGUCAAGAAGUUGCUUAUUUCGAUCAAUCUGAAAACACUUCUGGUGCGAUUAGUGUUCGUCUUUCUUCUGAUGCAGCCGCCGUUCAAGAAAUGGCUGGAACUCGAUUGGGAGUCAUCUGCCAAUCUCUAGCACUAAUGCUUUUUGGCAUUGCCUUUGGUUGUUACAUAAAUUGGCAAUUAACAUUUAUUGUGCUUGUUUCUCUUAUUGUGAUGAUAUUUUUAACUUUCGGAGAUAUGAGCUUACGUGUUUGGCAGGGCAAACAAAAUGAUAAAAUUAUGGGACGAGCAAGCACAUUAGCUGUCGAAGUUAUUCACAAUAUGCGCACAAUAAAACAGUCGUCGGUGGAAAAGGAAGUUUUACGACAAUACUCUGAUCUCAUUUAUGAAGCAGUUCGAUUGUGUCGUAUGACUAUGGUACCAAUAUCUGUACUAAGUGGUAUAUACUGGACAAUUGAUGUUUACACUAUGGCAUUUGUCUAUUGGCGUGCUCUCGUUCUUGUUGAGGAGAAGCAGCUGACUUCUCACCAUAUUAUAAUGGUCGUUGCUUAUUCUAUGUUUGCUCUACAAGCAAUAAAAUUGAUGGGCAUGCUCUCAUACCGUAUCGCUGGAUCAGUAUCUGCUGCUCAAUCGUUUUUCAAUUUAUUUGAUCGAAUACCAACUAUUGAUAAUGGAUCUGAUGAAGGACAAGAAUUAGAUGAUUUUCAUGGAGAUAUUAAAUUCGAUGACGUAAAAUUCAUCUAUCCUACUCGACCAACAUCUGUUGUUCUUAACAAAUUUCAAUUAAAUAUUAUGCCAAGUCAACGUGUGGCUCUUGCCGGUGGAUCGGGAUGUGGAAAAUCAACAACAAUUCAACUGUUACAACGAUUCUAUGACGUCAAAGAAGGCCAAAUACUUCUUGAUGGUGUCGAUAUUCGACAGCUAAAUAUUCAUUGGGUGCGCUCUCAAUUCGGCCUUGUUAGUCAAGAACCAAUUUUAUUUGAUUUAACAAUUGCUGAAAACAUAGCAUAUGGCUUAGAAGAUGUUUCGAUGACUGACAUCAUUGAUGCAGCAAAAAAAGCUAACAUUCAUCAAUUUAUUGAACAAUUACCUGACGGCUAUGAAACCAAAGUAGGAAUCAAAGGUAGUUUUCUAUCAGGUGGCGAGAAGCAACGUAUUGCUAUUGCUCGAGUUCUUAUUCGUCGUCCUAAAGUAUUGCUACUAGAUGAAGCUACAAGUGCUAUGGAUUCACAAAAUGAACAAAUCGUACAAGAAGCUCUUGAACAUGCUCAAAUAGAAGAUCCUAGUCGAACAUCACUGAUUAUUGCUCAUCGUCUCUCGACUAUUCGUUCAUGUGAUUCAAUAUGUGUAGUUAAUAAGGGAAAAGUAAUCGAGAGUGGUACUCAUACAGAGUUGACACAACAACGUGGUGCUUAUUAUAAAAUGCUUACUCAAAAUCAUUAG